AUGUUGUUCGGAUUUUUACUGAAGGCUCAACCAAGGAAGGUCCUUUUGGAGCAGCUAGGCCGUUUCUUGCCCACCGGUGUGGAUGACUCGUUGCCGUCGAGUUUGCUCAUAGUGUCAACAAUGGAUCCUCAAGGAGCCCUCGUGGCUUCGCUGUUGAAUGCGUCCUCUGCCCUACGCCCAGCCAUUUGCACUGCCGGUCACGCGGAUGUCAGAGCAACUGUCAAUUGCUUGGUCAACCGAAUUCAGCGAUAUAUUAUAUUGUUCGGAUUUUUACUGAAGGCUCAACCAAGGAAGGUCCUUUUGGAGCAGCUAGGCCGUUUCUUGCCCACCGGUGUGGAUGACUCGUUGCCGUCGAGUUUGCUCAUAGUGUCAACAAUGGAUCCUCAAGGAGCCCUCGUGGCUUCGCUAUUGAAUGCGUCCUCUGCCCUACGCCCAGCCAUUUGCACUGCCGGUCACGCGGAUGUCAGAGCAACUGUCAAUUGCUUGGUCAACCGAAUUCAGCGAUACUGUAACAGCAACGCGAAAACGCCGAAUCCGGUCAAGGUGGUUCUCGUGGGCUCUGAUUGUCACGUCAAUGCGGCCGUGAAGCCUUUUGUGGAGCAGUUGUCUUCCAGACCACCUGACUGGCAGUCCUAUAUUCGUUUUUUGAUUGUACCGUUGGGCGUGAGCAAUAUUUCUCGGUACAUCGCGAGCAUUGACAAUGGCUACGGGAACUUGUUCGGAAUCGACGGUGGGUGGCGAGAACUGUUGGAGAAGGAAGAGUUGAUCCGGAAAGCUGAUGGACACGAAAUCUUGUCCCGAGUAUCGCAGUACAUCGAGUCAUCUUCUGGUUGUCUCCAGUUGCCGAUUGCCGAAGCGAUGAUCACCUACAAGGAGAAGAGCAGUGACGAAGGCUCUUCGCAGGUGUUCAUACCGUUCAUCAGCGUAAGCGUGAGCAAUAUUUCUCGGUACAUCGCGAGCAUUGACAAUGGCUACGGGAACUUGUUCGGAAUCGACGGUGGGUGGCGAGAACUGUUGGAGAAGGAAGAGUUGAUCCGGAAAGCUGAUGGACACGAAAUCUUGUCCCGAGUAUCGCAGUACAUCGAGUCAUCUUCUGGUUGUCUCCAGUUGCCGAUUGCCGAAGCGAUGAUCACCUACAAGGAGAAGAGCAGUGACGAAGGCUCUUCGCAGGUGUUCAUACCGUUCAUCAGCGAGGUCCGAAUAGCAUUUUCUGAGCCCCUCUUCUCUGCAUCUGUGGAUCUGGACGAGAGUUGCGUGGGACUGUCGCAGGGUAAUUCGCCCGGAGGCGUGAAUGCGCCCGGAGUCAGCAUUAGUGGAGCCACCGGUGGGAACUUGAGUGCAGGUGCAAUAGCGAUGCCGUCGGCGGCGUCGUCGCCGGCUGGUGCGAUUAGCGGAUCUCCGCCGUCGAGCUCGCAAUUUGGAUCUAGUUUGUUGGAGGCCCGGGCGAGGCUAGUGGGCAAUACUACACCGCCUUCGUCGCCGAAUAUCGGCAUGAAUCAUCCCCCGAGUUACAGUCAAGAACCCUUGGAUCUUCAAAUCGAUUACUGGUUGAGCCCGGGAACGUUGCGCCUGGGGAUCGGCGCCGGAGAACGUGGGGCGGACCGUGGUCUGGACAGUGGUCGUGGAGAAGAACGAGGCGGGGUGCGGAGUUUGGGCGGAUCUCGCGGUGACGGCGCAGUGUCGACGGCGGACGCUGAAAAGAGCGCCAAGGGCGGCGGGAAGUGCUCACUGCGCGCCAGUUUUCGGAGUCUCAUUAUCCAGCGUCAGCCUGCUCUGGGCGAAACCAGCGGCUCGCACCACUUUACCAUGACCUACUCGCUCAAGGAGAAAAAGCAAAAAAAUGUGAUACAAAGACUUGGCAAAAAGAAGUCAGAAAAGGAAUCAGAAGGCAAAAGCAUUACCGUUGAAGGCAUCAAUCGUCUAGUCUGCAUGGCGAGGGCCCAGAACAGUCCUCUCAGAGUCACGAUUGAUGGGAUGGAGUGGUCUGGAGUGAAAUUCUUCCAGCUGUCGUCGCAGUGGCAAACGCAUGUCAAGCAUUUCCCCGUAGCAACUAUUGCUCCGCUAAGUCACGUGUUGGGGGACAGGUGAAGCAAUCGUGUGUGUGUGUUUGAGGGAUACUUCGCACUAGCUGCAGCUUUCGGUUUAUAAAGAAAAAAAGGAAAAGAAUGCACAGGAUUUCUCAUCAAAUUUUGCGGCUGGGAGAGGAAAUUUAUUUAUUUAAGAGGACCCGUUGCCUAGAAAGUUUUUCGUAAUUUUUCCCAGUCGCAUUACUGCAUUGGAUUCCCUCAAAUUGGCCUGGCCAAGUUUAUAAAAAGAAAACUUCUGAUUCUGCAGUUGUGUUCGAUCAUGUGACCGUUUUUCUUUCUGGCGAAGAAAGCAAUAUUUUUUUAUUUUGCUGCGUGAAUAAUGGCUGUAUUUUAAUACCAAAAGUGGGGGGGAAAGCUUAUCAGCCCUUCGGCGUCUGUUACACUUGAGCCUAUCUCUGUAGUUUCAAAAAUGAAUCGCUGCGUCUGCUGUGAAGUGAUCCCAUUUUUCUCUGUUCGUGUUUUUUCAUUUCUUCGGAAGCGUGUGAAAUUGUUUCUUAGUCCGAAGAAAAAUUGUUGGUUUGUCAAACUGCGCUUUAUAUGAAGUUUUAGCUCUCUGUCGGGAAUAGUCAAUAUUUCUUUGUUUUUUUUUUUCGAAGAAGAUCUCCCUGAGUUGUGUCCUUACGUCGGGGGACUUUUGUUUCCUUGUGUGAUGAGUUUGAAUCCGGUAUUUUUGGUCUGUCUUUAGCCGCUGUUGGGUCACCUUUUUUUCAGUUUUCCUGUGAAACGAAUGUUUUGAUUGGGAUCUGGGAGAGAUUUGUAGGCAGAAAAAAAAGAGAAGUGGACAGUUAUGUUGGGAGGGAAAAGUUUUUACUGCAGAUCUUCCAAAUUUUAAUUGCUACGUUUUCUAGUAACGCGGACAAACAGCUGUGAUUUUUUCUUGUUGGCAAAAAGGGCGUAGUGCAGAAGGUGGGAGGGGUUUUUUUUCAAAUGGAGGGUGGAUUUUUUUUUGUAGGGAAUUUUUAGGAACGAGAAGCUUGCUUUCAUUUUUUUUUUCUUGGAUGUCACGCUUGGAUGCUUAGAUAGUUUUUUUUUCUUUUGGAGUAGUUAAUGCUGGAUGUUUUGGUAGGGGAGAGGAGCUGUGCUGAAUUUCUGAGCUGUUAAUUUGCUGCGUUGAAUGAUGACUUGGAUGCCGUUUUGAAAACAUUUUGCAACUCCGUGAGUCGAAGUGGAAUUCUUUUCGAGUUUCGCUUCUUCAAAAUCUUCAUUCAGAAACUUUCGUUUUAAUAAGAGCGUUCAGGGAGCCAUUAGAAAUUCCAUGUAGAAUACCUAGUUUUACAAAAUAAGACCGAUUUGGUGUCGAUAGUUUUCUCUUGACAUUGUACGAGGGCUUAUUGGUGUCGGUCCAGAUUUAUCCAGAUGCUGAGAACGACGAAGUUUGACAAUAAAAUUUGUCUCACAUCACUUACAAUUGAUCUUGCCUUGAAAGUUUUGAGGAUGGGGAGAGAUUUCAAGUAAGAUUUGAAUUUGAGUUAGAACGAAAACUUAUGAUUAGG